AUGGGACGAAAGCCCAAUCCGCUCAUCCUCGAAUACUUUGUCCGCGGGGCUAAACUCAACGACAACAGUAACCGCUACCAGCACACCUGCAAAAGAUGUGGCGAGAAUUUUCCCAAGGGUCGCAUCGAUAGCCUGACGACUCACAUCACCAAGAAAUGCCCCGCCAUUUCCGACUCGGAUCGUAUGCGAGCCUGCCUCGAGCUUCACGGCAUUACUACUGCCCGUGCUGCCGCUGCCGAACGACAUAAUAAUGGAAAUGGCCCUCGAGGCGCGCGCGCUGUUCCCUCCAACGUCUUGCCACAGGAAUGGAGUGCCUUGGAGACUCUGGCUGAAGCCUCAAGACAGGUUGAUCUUAACGAGAACAAUCGUGUGCUACCCAAAGGGCAAGAUGCGACCUCUAAUGCCGACACCACUUUUGUGAACGGGAGAUUCGAAGUACAGGAACAAUUUACCCUUGAAAACCCACCGGCGGGGUAUGAGGAGCGCGCCCAUUCCUCAACAACUGCCAAACGGCCCACCAACGAGACUGAGUCUGACCAAGCGAAUGCUUCUAAGAUGGACUUUGGCUUGGAUGUCUCUCAUGUGUCACCAAAUGGUGUAGAAUUGUCGGCCGAAGAGAGGCUGCAGGCACUGUUACCUGCUACCGACUCCUCUCCCGACGCGUCAAAUAUUUCUGUCGCCGCAGCAGCCGCAGCUCGUCUGAACCCAUCUUUUCUCGAUCCUCAAUUAGUGGAGAGCGAGGUUUCCUCAACCACGCCAUCUGCCGCUGAAGCUCAACCUUUCGUUGAGGUUCCUUCACCUACCACGAACGACGCGAAUGCCGCCCAGCCUUGGGGUGAAAUGACGUACCUCGCGGCCACUGCCGCUGUUCCGCUUCUCGUGGAGCAUCAUACACCACCUGCGCCUCUAAAUAGAGGAGGUGUGCGCAUGGACACUAGCGAUGCUUCUAUGCUGGGUAGAUCCCGCCAUGCUCGGUCUCGAUUCACGCCAGCGCGCCGCAAGGAGGUCCAGGAGGUUCGAAAAAUCGGCGCUUGCAUUCGAUGCCGAAUUCUCCGCAAGAAUUGUGGACAGGGAAAUCCUUGCGAUACCUGUAGGAAAGUCUUAGCUCCGCGAGUGUGGAGGACGGGCUGUGUUCGCACGCGAUUGCACGAGCAGCUUGAUCUGUACUCAGCCGGGGUGCAAGUGGUGCUGUCUCAGAAUCGUAUCAAUCUUCUGAAAGGGCAACUACAACUUACCAACAACGGAAGUGUCAUUGAAGUCUCUCAUUUUCCCGAAGCAGAGAAGCGCAUCGUUCUCGGAACAAUGGAGGCACUCCUGGAGCCAAACGGGAGUCAAGCCGAAGCUAGAAACAGCACGGAACCUUUCCGACAAGCAAUCAUGAUUGACCAAGAAACGGAAGACAUUCCUAGCAAAAUUGAGUCAUAUAUGCGAGACGUUCUGCCCUUAUUUAUAGAGCGCGAACCCUCAAAAUUCACCCGCAUCACGCUCGAGUCCGCUCUGGAGCAGCAAGCCCUCGAGGAAGAUGACCUCUUGAGCAAGGCGCUCGAGCUGUGGGGUCUAGUCGAGAGUAUAGACCGCGAGAGGCAAUGGACGAUUCUGGAGCGCCCGGCCGAGGAGAAUACCGAUGCGCGGUGGAUCAACGAGGCGCAAAACGAAAACGAUGCCGACAUUUACACCAUGAUUUGCAUGCAGCUCAACGCCGCGGCUGAGCGCAAAGCAAACAGCACUUCAAAGAGCCUACUCAACCAUAUGGACCGCCUGCUCACCGACAGCAAGACCAAGGUCGGCUUCAAAAUGUUCCUCACGGCUCUCAUCUUCCUCAACUGCGUGGAAAAGUCCACGUGGGCCUUCAAGGCCUGGGAGCAGGACCACCUGCGGCCCGGCUGGCCACUGGAGCGCGACCCCAGCGUCUUUGCCCAGCAGGGCGGCAACCUCGCCGGCCUGCUCAAGAUGCUGCUCGCCAUCCGCAAGUCGCUGCCCCAGACGAUGCGCGACGACAACGGCAAGCUCGUCGCGCAGAGCCAAGACCCUGCCAUCGUCGCCUACUUCCAAAAACUCGAUUUAGAGUAUGUACUAGAUGAUUCUAUCGAAUCUCGGCAAAAAGGCUCCCAGUUCUCUCCCGCCGACUCUCGAUCACUGGAACUCAUGUUUUGUUCCCACCUUCUUCUUCCAAACUCAACGGUAUAG